UCCUCGUGGUUUACUGGACACGCUUCAGUACCGACACAGAGAUGGGAGAACCUCACUGAUAGGAGAACCUCACUGUGCUCUGGAGAGAAAGGCCUCAAAGUGAUGACUGUUACAGAAUUACCUGCAUAAAGAAAUGAGGGGAAAAGGCGAAAUUCUCCUCAGUGACAGGAUGAAAGCAGAGCAGGAGGAGGAACUUUCUCGCUUCAAAGAAAACGAGCAACGACUCAAACUACUGUAUGCUGCUUUUAACCCUGAAGUCCGACUGAAAAGAUUAGAUGCCCAGCAGCUGUUGGUUAAAGAUCUCCUCCCUAACUGUACCCCCAGCCGGGACCAGGAGGACCCAAAGCUCCUCCAGAUAAAAGGGGAACAGGAAGAACUCUGGAACAGUCCAGAGGGAGAGCAGCAUAAUGCUCUGGAGGAGGCCGAUAUCACCAAGUUUCCAUUCACUGCGGUUCCUGUGAAGUGUGAAGAUGAAGAAGAGAAAUGUGAGUCUUCACUGCUUCAUCACAGCCAAACGGAGGACAACAGAGAGGCAGAGUGUCCAGCCAGCAGCUCAGCUGUGCAGAUAAAGACAGAAACUGGUGGAGAGGACUGUGGAGGAUCAGAACCAGCCAGGAAGAGAGAGUCAGACAGUCAUUCACAACCAAACACUGAUGAUGAAAAGACUUCUGAAUCUUCUGAGACUGAAAUCCAUUACGAUGACCCUUUGUGCGAUUCUGAAUCUGAAACUGAAGACAGUGAUGGUGAUUGGAUGGAGACCAGGUCACCUGAGUCUGCAGUGAAUGCUCUGAAAUAUGAGGAAACUCCUGUAAGUGAUGUGAGACCUAACACUGUGGAAAAGCCCAUAAGAUUCUUUAAGUGUAGUCAAGGACUGUCCGACAAGGGGUUUCCCCAGAGUCACAGGAAAUGUCAUUUUGGAGAAAAGUUAUCCAGCAGCUUGGACAGUGAAAAAUGUUUGAGAGUACAGCAAACAGCAGACACACAGACCAGAGUCCACACAGGAGAGAAACCAUUUGGCUGUGAUGUUUGUGGGAAAAUAUUUAAAUGGCACAAAACACUGAAGAAACACAUGACACUUCACACAGGAGAGAAACCAUUUGGUUGUGAUGAUUGUGGGAAAAGAUUUACAUGGCAGAGCCAACUGAAGUCACACAUGAUAGUUCACACAAGAGAAAAACCAUUUGGCUGUGAUGAUUGUGGGGAAAGAUAUACACGGCAGGAACAUCUAAAGAGACACAUGAGAGUUCACACAGGAGAGAGACCAUUUGGUUGCGAUGAUUGUGGAAGAAGAUUUACAAGGCAGGAACAUCUGAAGUCACACAUGAUAGUUCACACAGGCGAGAAACCAUUUGGCUGUGAUGAUUGUGGGAAAAGAUUUACACUGCAACAAGAACUGAAGUCACAUAUGAAAGUUCACACAGGAGAGAAACCAUUUGGUUGUGAUGAUUGUGGGAAAAGAUUUACACGACAGGGAAAUCUGAACAUACACAUGCAAGUACACACAGGAGAGAAACCAUUUGGUUGUGAUGAUUGUGGGAAAAGAUUUUCACGGCAGGGGGUUCUGAAGAUACACAUGAGAGCUCACACAGGAGAGAAACCAUUUGUUUGUGAUGAUUGUGGGAAAAGAUUUGCACAACAGCGAAAUCUGACCAUACACAUGAAAGUACACACAGGGGAGAAACCAUUUGGUUGUGAUGAUUGUGGGAAAAGAUUUAAACAGAAGACCAAUCUGAAGAGACACAUCAUAGUUCACACUGGAGAGAAACUAUUUGGUUGUGAUGAUUGUGGGAAAAGAUUUACACAGCAGCAAAAUCUGAAGGGACACAUCAGAGUUCACACAGGAGAGAAACCAUUUGGUUGUGAUAUUUGUGGGGAAAGAUUUACACGGCAGGACCAUGUAAAGAGACACACGAGAGUUCACACAAGAGAGAAACCAUUUGGUUGUGAUGUUUGUGAGGAAAGAUUUACACGGAAGGAACAUCUAAAAAAACACAUGAGAGUUCACACAGAAGAGAAACCAUUUGGUUGUGAAGAUUAUGGGGAAAGAUUUACAGAGCAGAAGCAUCUGAAGAGACACAUGAGAGUUCACACAGGAGAGAAACCAUUUGGUUGUGAUGAGUGUAGGAAAAGAUUUACAGAGCAGAAGCAUUUGAAGAGACACAUGAGAGUUCACUCAGGAGAGAAACAAUUUGGUUGUGAUGUUUGUGGGGAAAGAUUUACACAGCAUGAAAAUCUAAAGAGACACGUGAGAGUUCACACAGGAGAGAAACCAUUUGGUUGUGAUGAUUGUGGGGAAAGAUUUACACGGCAGGAACAUCUAAAGAGACACGUGAGAGUUCACACUGGAGAGAAACAAUUUGCUUGUGAUGAUUGUGGGGAAAGAUUUACACGACAGGAUCAUCUAAAGAGACACAUAAGAGUUCACACAGGAGGGAAACCAUUUGGUUGUGAUGAUUAUGGGAAAAGAUAUAAAUCGAAAACAGAUUUUUAAUUGACACCAGAAAAUCCACAACGAAUAGAAUUAUUUCUAUUCAGUUUUUUGUUGAAGGCUUAUUAAGUAAAUCUGCUUUUAUUCUUUUUGUCGUUUCAUGUCUUUUCUUUUUUUACUUUCUCUUGUGUUUUAUUUUUAAAUAUGCAAAAUGUUUCAAAUGAACGUGUCAAAGUUGUUUGUAAAUGAGAGGGAAUGAAGCAGUGUUUUUAACUCUCUGUUUUUAAUUUAGUCUUUGUUUGGUACCUAAACACUUAAAUGUAGAGUCCCAUACUUUUUUCUGGAGUUUUCUUGAUAUAGGCUGUGUGUGACUGUAAAUUCCCUAACUGAUGAUUAUCAGUAGAAAAAUGCAUUAUUUACUUACCACUUUUAAUUAAUUUCUACCGUAACCUAGAUAGUGUUUUGACUUUCUUUUCUACAAACAAACAUACGGUUUAACAUAUAUUAAAUGUAAUAAAUAUAUCUCGAGGCUAACACAUUUUAAUCACUGUUACUUUUACCACUUUUAGAUGAUAGCACUGAUAGCCACAGAAGGGCUUUAUAAAUUGGAGGAGGUGUCUCCACCAGAGUCCCUCUUGAUGAUAAAGAGGUCCAAGAGAGUGGACAAAAGGUGUCAGGAAAUUAUGCAAAGCUAACAUUAUUGGAUGGUAGAGAUUGCUUGUUUGUUUGUCUGUUCAUUCUGAUUGAUCUAGGUUACUUUUAAUUUAACAUGAGUUUUGUUUGGGUCUUAAAGAUAUUUUUCCUGAUUGUUGUUAUUUACUAAAUUAGCACUGUUUAGCUGAACUUUCACCUCCAAUCAUCAAAUGUGUUUUAAUCAUAGGGUAGGAGCCAAAAUGUAUAUUUUGCUAGUGUUGUUUAUUUUGUUAGGCUGCACACUUCUCUUCACUUCACCUUACUUACCUGCUCAGUUUUAUGGUUGGAGGG